AAUUCAGUUGGACACCUUUUCUUAUCAAUUUACUGUGAGUAUGACGUAUAUUGUUUGAUGUUAAUAUGCAGGUGCUUAUUCAGACCGCUAAAUACCUUUCUUAAAGUCGACAAAUAUUUAAACGACCAACUCGAGUUGACCCCAUCCCAGCACUCGGAUAAUCUGAGGAGUUGAGUUGAGAGGCGGCUACAUGGUUGCUAAGUAACCCCAAACGCUCUGAGUCACAUUGUUGGAAGAGCGCGUUUUGCGAUUGACUGAUAGGUCGCCCAAUUAAAAACGUUCUGUAAGUCACACUCAUCGCUAGAGCCAAUCCGCGUCCACGGUAGGUGUGCAAGAACAAGGGAAGGUAGAACAAAUUCGGAGCAAUGUACUAUAAUCAAGGCUGGCGGCUAAAGCUAUAGGGAUUCAAUGCCAGGAAGACUGAACAUGGACAGACUUUGAUAAGUAAAAUAGUUUCAGUCUGUGAAAUGAAAUGUAAAACAUUUUUGCUCUGAGCUUCGACGCUCAAUUGUGCUAUACUAUUUUUGAUUUCAUGAAAUCAUUUCGCAAUUAGUUCGCUGUUUAUCUAAAAAUCACAUCCUCUUAAAACUAUUAUAUAUAGGCGACUUUUUGUCCUGUUCUAACUGUCCAAUAAAACGUUUUUUAUAGGCCGAAGAUGAUUAAAGGUAUUAUAUGGGAUUUAUAGCCUAAUCUGUCAAUUUCAUUUUCAGUUUAAAAGCUGUUACUUAGGAAUACAAACUGGGUCGUUGUCAUGUCGGUUGCAAUCAGCUUGUUUGACUUGGUCAACCUGUCGGUCGGUACGCCAGACGUCGGGGCGGUCAACUUCAAUGCCCUGCACACCCUCCUUCAUGCGGUGGUGAAGCACCUGGAGAUGCAGAACGUGACCGUGGAAUGGACAGGAGAUGACGGGGGGCGCAAGCCCCAAGAUCCGUCUCAGCAAAUGUCCCUUCCACGGGGGAAGCCGGGCCCGUACCAUCAUGUGGAGGAUAAAUUGAGGCAGAUCGAGAGACAGAUUGCCGUUUUAGAAACACUCCCCAGUGCUGCCGACCUGCUUGCUCGACCCAACUCCGGCACCACACCGGUCAGCGACAUGUGGCAGCUAAUGCAGCUUCACAGAAAAGUGCAAGCCAACGAGGAUGGCGUGUCCAAGUCCAUGGCACUGAUCCAGGAACUGCUGAAUGAAAUUCGGGACCUGAGGGCGUCCCGGGACAGCUUGCAGGAGGAGAUCAGGACCCUGCACGAGCAGAUCGCUCAGCUGCAUGUGGACAAGCUACAGGACAGAGUUACUGCUCUGGAGAAGUGCUCCCACCUAGUGGCCAAUCUGGAGAAAGUCAUGAGAGAGCUGAAGGAGAGGAUAGGGCAGUAUCCAGACCCAGAGGAGCUGACCCACUUCAUUACCUGGGACGUCCUGCAGGAGGCGCUAGUCAACCAGAGUGCACAGCAACCGGAGGACCUUCACCCCGCGUCCUCCAUCUCCCCUCCCGGAGGUGCGACCACCCCACAGGCGGCCGAGGCGGGCGGGGCGCGGCUGACGGGCGUUGGGGGCGGGGCCGAGCAGUACCCCCAGGCGGUGGAGGCUCUGCGGCGUUUGGGCGGGCUGGGACCGAGGCAGGAUGCUCUGGAGGGCCGGGUCGCCCAGCUGGAGCAGAGCAAGGCCGACCACGCCCAGCUGCAGCAGCUCAGCGACAUGCUCAGUGACGUGGCACGCAGGGAGAUUCCUGAGAACCUUCUGGAACAGAUCAGUGACCUGAGGACCCUGCUGGACAGCCUGACUGCAGACAGGGACAAGAGCUCAGCGCUGAUGGGCGACACACAGGCCGCCAUUCUGCAGCUGCAGGCGGAGUGUGAGAAGCUGCGCAGCACUAUCUGUCACCUGGCCGACGAGCAGAGCCAGCGUCAGCAGCGCUUUGAGCACCUGCACAAGACGCUGGAGCAGUUAGAAGAAAAGAAGGCUGACAAGGACCAUGUGGAGAUGGAGAUUGACAUUAAAGCAGACAAGCAGGCCCUGGAGACGAAGGUCAGCCGAGUGCAGUUUGACUCCAUGACCGAGCAGCUCAGCUCCAUGUUCCAGGACCUUCUCAGCAAGGUCUCAGGCCAGGAACAGGACUGGCACAAGGUCAUCCAGAAGAUCUCCAUGGAGAUGGAGUGCAAGCUGAACCGGAUCGAGCUGGACCCGCUGAAGCAGCAGCUGGAGGAGCGCUGGAAGGCCAUCCGCAAACAGCUGCAGGCCCCGCCCGCCCCCGAGCUGGACGAUGCUGCCGGGAUCAGGAGGCAGCUGGUAGCACGGUUCCACUGCAUCUCCUGUGACCGGCCGGUGGACAUGCUGACUCCGGGACCUCACCUGGUCACUGUUCCCGCGGCCCCAGGCUUGCCCUCUCACAGGAGCAGUAGGCCGUACACGGUGUACGAUCUGGAACAGGUUCGACAGCACUGCAGGAGCGAUAAGAUUCCGGAGAUGGCGGAUUACAGCUACCUGGCCCGUAGCUGUGGGGGCAGCCACACCCUCACCUACCCCAACCGCCGCUACACCCGACUGCAGCACAUCGCCCAGUUCAUCCAGGAGGGGGAGGAGGGCCAGGCCCCAGCUGUCUCAGGGCCCUCGCUGCGCAUUCAUGAGGAGGUGGACAUCCUGGGGCUGGAUGGGCACAUAUAUAAGGGCCGUCUGAACUCCAGAGCCAUCAGGGGUGUGGAGUCCCGGCUGCCCACCAUCUCUGCUAAAGAAGGCUUCAGUAAGAGCAGAGACAAGCUGAGCCGGUCGCAGUCCCAGAGGUGCGGUGGGGAAGCGGGCAGGGCAGUGCCAGUGCGACCCCAGAGCGCCAGGACCCACUGGAGCCACUCGGCCUCAGGGAGCACCAUGCGGGAUCGCCCCAUGUCGUCUCUGGGCUGUCUGUCCCAGAGUUCCGUCCCCCAUGGCUCCGCCCCCCAGGGUCACGCCCCCCAUGGCUCCGCCCAUCUGGACUCUGCAGGAGAGGCUCCACAAGGAUUGGUUCUCCACGUGGACCUUGGCCAAUCAGGCGAGGAAGAGCCAGUGACAACACUGUAGCUGCCACAUGAUAGUAUGUAAGGGUGAGGGGGAAGUUACAGAGAAAAUAUUUAUGAUAUUUAAAAGCAAUCAAUGUAUUAUGAGAGAUGUUGUAUGUCAUCUUUUAAAGCAGGCAGCACCUGAUAGUUUUCAUUACCCCGCCCCUCUGAGCACUGACUGGCUGCUGUGUGGAUGUCUGUCACAUGUUGGACAUGGGGACAGAUCCCUACGAUAAGAUGACAUCACACUCAUAAAGAAAGCAUCAUGGGUACUGCUGGAGCAGCUGGUGUCAUGAAUCACAUCAUAA